UCUAAAUGUGUCAAAAACAGCUGUGCCCUGUGAAACAAAAUAAGUGCUGCUGACUAAAAAUCUGAUUUAUAGAAAACAUUGCUCUAUCGGUUUUUUAGUAAGUUUAGCAACUUUAGAACAAUGAACGAAAUAGACGACAAGUUUUAUUAUGUUUACAGUUCAUCUUUGGAUUACAAGGUCGAAAUAAAAAUUGGUACCCUUGAAGGCAAGAGAACUAAACCGGAAUAUGACAAACUACUAUCAGAUCCGAUGUUGAAAUUCUCAGGACUUUACCAAGAUGGAUGCUCAGACUUGUACGUCACCUGCCAAAUCCUGAGUGAUGGAGAACCUCUGGCGCUACCCGUCAUGACCACUUAUAAGGCAUUCACUACUCGAUGGAAUUGGAAUGAAUGGGUAACCCUUCCGGUGUACUACAGUGAUUUGCCCCGUAAUGCUAUACUAGCUAUGACUAUCUACGACUGUGCCGGUCCCGGUAAAGUGAUGGUGGUCGGUGGCACGACCAUAUCGAUAUUUGGGAAGCACGGCAUGCUGAGACAGGGGAUGUUCGAUCUGCGAGUGUGGCCCGGGGUUGAGGGCAGCGAGAAGACUCCGGGGAAGGCUCCGGACCGCGGCAAGGAGCAGAUGCAGCGACUUGCGAAGCUCGCCAAGAAACACAGAAACGGACAUUUGCCCAAGGUAGACUGGCUGGACAGGCUGACGUUUCGUGAAAUCGAGAUGAUAAAUGAAAAGGAGAAGCGAAGUUCGAAUUAUAUGUAUCUGAUGGUGGAAUUCCCGAGUGUUCAGAUCGACGGCAUCAAUCACGCAGUUGUGUACUACGAACAGGACGGCGAUGAGAUGUACCAGUUCAGAGCUCAGGCCGAGCUGGUCACCGUACCGGAUUGCGAAAUAUUGAAGGAGAACAUAGUGGAGAGCAAGCAGCACCGGCUGGCGCGGUCGCUGCGCGCGGGGCAGUCGGCGCGCGACGCCAAGCCCUCCGCGCUCGAGCGGGACCAGCUCGCCGCGCUGCUGGCCGCGCCGCCCGCCCGCGCCGCGCCCGCCCUGCACCAGGACCUGCUGUGGAAGUUCCGGUUUUACUUGUCGUCGCACCGCCGCGCCCUCACCAAGUUCCUGGAAUGCGUCAAUUGGAAUAGACCUGGCGAAGUGCGUCAGGCCCUCGCCAUGAUGAGGCAGUGGGCGCCCAUGGACGUGGAAGAUGCGUUAGAGCUGCUGACUCCGAAGUUCACGCAUCCCGCUGUUAGGAAAUACGCGAUAUCGAGAUUGAGACAGGCUCCCGACGAGGAUCUGCUGCUGUACCUGCUGCAACUGGUCCAGGCCCUGAAGUACGAGAGCUACUCGGAAAUACACGAGGAGUACGCGCGCACGUGCGGCAAGGACAUGCCGCUACCCGUGGAGCUGGACCCUCGCCUGGGGUACAGCCACCGAGACACUCUGCUGGCCACCUCGGCUCUGAGCGACGUGUCCGCGACCAGCCGGGACCCGGACGGCGCGGGGGGACAGGGGGGACCGGGGGGACCCACCGGGGGACAGACCCCGGGGACCGCCGCGCCCAGCGAUGACGUCACGUCUGGUGGCGAGGAGCAGGGCAGCCUGGCGUGGUUCCUGAUCGACCGCGCGUGCCGCAACCCGCAGCUGGCCAACUACCUGUACUGGUACCUGCUGGUGGAGUGCGAGGACGCGCCCGAGCCGCCGCCCCCGCGACACAUGUACCUCGCCGUCAUGCGCACCUUCAGCAGACGACUCGCCGACGGUAGCAGCUCGCACCAGCGCACGCGCUCGUUCCUGGCGCGGCAGCAGGUGUUCAUCGACAAGCUGGUGCGGCUGGUGCGCUCCGUGGCGCGGGAGAGCGGCAGCCGCGCGCGCAAGGCCCAGCGCCUGCAGCAGCUGCUCGCAGACCCCGACGCCAACAAGUUCAACUUCGCCAGCUUCGAGCCCAUGCCCUUCCCGCUCGACCCCAGCGUCACCAUCAAAGGGAUCGUCGCCAAGAAGGCCAGCCUCUUCAAGUCCGCCCUCAUGCCCACCAAGCUCACCUUCCUCACGACCGAGGGCGUCGAGUACGAUGCCAUCUUCAAGUACGGCGACGACCUGCGCCAAGACCAGCUGAUCCUGCAGAUGAUCACGCUGAUGGACAAGCUGCUGAGGCGCGAGAACCUGGACCUGAAGCUGACGCCGUACCGCGUGCUGGCCACCAGCUCCAAGCACGGCUUCCUGCAGUUCGUGGAGUCCGUGACGGUGGCGGAGGCGCUGGCCACGGAGGGCAGCAUACAGAACUUCUUCAGGAAGCACAACCCGUGCGAGGGCGCGCCCUACGGCAUCAAGCCCGAGACCAUGGACACGUACAUCCGCAGCUGCGCCGGAUACUGCGUCAUCACCUAUCUGCUCGGUGUGGGUGACCGGCAUCUGGACAACCUGCUGCUGAGCCGCAGCGGCGCGCUGUUCCACAUCGACUUCGGCUACAUCCUGGGUCGGGAUCCGAAGCCGCUUCCGCCACCCAUGAAGCUCAGCAAGGAGAUGGUGGAGGCCAUGGGCGGGGUCAACUCGGACCACUACCACGCCUUCCGCAAGCUCACCUACACCGCCUUCCUGCAUCUCAGACGUCAUGCAAACCUGAUGCUGAACCUGUUCUCGCUGAUGGUGGACGCCUCCGUCCCGGACAUUGCGCUGGAGCCGGACAAGGCCGUCAAGAAAGUGCAGGAUAAGUUCAGGCUGGAUCUCGGCGACGAGGAAGCCAUUCACUACCUGCAGAAUCUCUUGGACAUGUCAGUGACAGCUGUCAUGGCGGUCCUCGUCGAACAAUUCCACAAGUUCGCUCAAUACUGGAGGAAAUGAUCACGAAAGGUGACUAGAGCCUUUUCUGCUGACAGUACUACUGGGCCGCCACAAGAUAAUAACGAGGAAUAGAUGAUGCAUGCGGUUUUAAAAUUUUGAUAACAUGAAUACCUAAUGAAUUUAUUAUUAUUUUUAAUAUUAUGGAGAGUAAGUUCCUGUAGCGAUAGAUAAAUACAUGAAAAUGAACACCGAUUAGGUAGUGAUCGCACAAAAACACAACAGAAUUUCGUGCCCUAUCUUGGUUUGCUGUUGUCCAAGAAUAAGCAAAGGACAACAGUUGGAUAGAAAACAAAACUGUUUCUUUUUUUGUAUCGAAGUAUGGUGGGUAAGGAGCCCUUUGUUUCCGUUCAAAAUUUGGUAAUAACAAGUAUGAUAAUUGUAGUAAAUUCCCUUUUAAGCGGAAAAUAAUUUUAGUUCACUCAAGCUAACCCAAAUGUUGAAUGAUUUGUAAACCAGCAAUGUAAAGCAAAGUCCAAUCUCCCCUGAACAUUGUUUUACAUUGCGUGCCGAGCUUAAUGUGGCAAGAAUCGCUAACACCGCCCUUGUUGACGGAGCCAGCUAACUUAUUCACCGUAUUGUAUUUUAGAGGCUAACAAUAUGAUAGUAGACAUAUAAAUAGACUUAAUUAUUUUGUAUCUCCCCAAACGAGUAAUGUAAAUUUAAUUCCUUGAUGUAAGACCAUAAGAGUUUUAAUACUUUUUUGUUUCGAAUUUUUGGUCUUAAGUUAUGUUUCACCAAAUGAACGUAUUUAUGACAAAAAUAUCUAAACAUAAAUGAUUGUAAAAUUUCCUUUAUUCUCAAGGUCAAUAAUAUAUAAGGAGACAGCAAAGACCAAAGUUACAAAGUUAAAUACAAAUUGAUUAUAAAGAUAUGAUCAGCAAGCGCCACUUUUUACGGUUAAAAUAAUCUCUCACUGUUUUUCAAAAGUAGUGUAGUAGACAAUUUAUUUUAUAUUUCGCUUACAUGCUUCAGCAUGUUUCUAGAGGAAAGCCUGCAUUAAGCUUCAUCAGGGCUUAUUGAGCCUUGCCUCUUAGAAUCUCUCGAAAAUACAAUCUUUAAAAUUAGUCUGGCUAAAAAAUUUUGUACUAUGGAGCUUAAGACCUUGGAGACUGCAUGAUGGAUCUUCUUGCGUAACUACGUCCAUUUCGUUCUAUAGUGAGGAUUAAACUCAACCACGCACGAAGCGUAUACGAUCUGGCGACCUCUCAGUUGUGUGAAGGCUUAUCUCACGUGUCAGAUGUAAAGUGUGUUAAUUGAGUCGUAUAUUAUCAAAGGCGGCAAUCUGUACAUUUGGACAAAAAAUUUUUAUUGAUAUGUCAAUACAGAUUUAUUUGAAUAUAAUCGUCUCCUUCAAAGAAUACGGUUCAAAACCUGCAUUAAAUAAAGGUUAAUAGUUAACCUGUUAUUUAUCUAAGAUGUCGUUCCGAAGAGUUUUGUGACUGCCAAUGGAAUACAAAGUCAAUAAUUCGUUUUUCUGAUUUACCAAUCAUUGUCCAAAAGUCAGAUUGCCGCCUUUGAUAAUAGUCGACUCAAUUAUUAAUUAUUAUGCCUCAGAAUUAUUAAUUAUUAACAAAUCACAUUUCUUAUUUUUCAUCUUUUAUCUAUAAAAGUAUUAAAACGAGACUUUUGUUAUAUAAAUAAUGUUACUAUUCGAAAAAAAUCCACAGAUAAUAUAAAAGCAAAGUUUGCUAUUUUGCUAUUGAAGAAGGAAUGUAUAUUUAAGAAAGUCAUCGAAACAACAUUAAAAUUCGUUUGAGACCUUUUUGUAAUAAUGUAAUUGUAAAAAUGCGGUAGUUUUUAUAAUUUUAUACUGUGAUAUAUUAGGUUUAAAUGUGUAUUGAUAAUGAAAAUAAAGAUUAUUUUUGAUAUAAAAAA